AUGACAGCUUUGAAAGCUUUUAUCGAAAACCUCCGUCCUGAACAACAAGAGAGGCUUGGAGAAAUUUUCAACGAUCUUCACGAAUUCAACGGAAAUCUCGAUGAAAGCCAGCAGAACUUCUUGCAGCAGGAAAACUUGGACAGUCUUGCUAAAGAUAUCUUGAGAGGUGAUGCCGCAGCUGUCUAUUUUGGCAAAAAGCACGGCGAAAAGAUUGAGGAAGAAGAUGCCGCUGACUGGCGCCGACCCAUUAACCAUGACCCACAUCCUUUUUACGGACGCGACUACCACAAUGGAGCCUGGUUGAGAUAG